UCUAUAUCUUUGCAUUUUCAAGUAAGAGACGCAUAUCAUAUUUGCACAGUUGGUAUACGGAACGAUCCGCACUGUUUUACAUAGACUGAUAUAGGAACUCAAAGACGAAAUGUUUCGGCUGAUGGCUGGGUUGGUGGUGCUGGGCAGGGUAUGGGGAGCCACAAUGGCCCCGCCCUCACCAAAUGUGCCUCCUAGGCGGCAACUAGACCCGGCAAACCUAGACAGUUUAAACAGACAAGUAAGGAUGGCUUUACUGACCAAAGUGACCACUGAACUGGAGUCAAGCAAGACACACAUGGCGAGUCUCCAGCCACAACUGACCGACUGCCAGAAACAUGUGAACAACUCGCUCGGUCAUUGUCUUAAGUGUGUGGACAACGCCUGUCUGGAAAAGUUUAAACAGUGUCAUUCUUUGACCUUCAACAUGCAAUCACCUGGCGGGAUGUCCGUAUCCAGCAAUAAUGUGAAUGGACAGAGUCAAGUGACCGUCUGCGCAUUGACCAGUGGUCAGUUUACCCGCACGUGUUCCACUAUUAUGAACCCUGCCGGUUUCAUGGUCAACUCUAUCUCUCAGAUUGGCAACAACCUUCGGAUUAACCUUGGGAGGGUUUACGGUGACCUUGGAAAUACGGUUGUAGGGAACUUCGUGGGAGGUCUGACAAAUGUGGCCAAUAACGUUGUUCGAAACAUGACGGAUGCGGAGAAGGCACAAUUACAGCAGACAAUGGCUCACCUGAGUCAGUCUCUCUCUACCAUGGGACAUCACAUAGGACAGGGUGUUCAGCAGUCUAUGAAUCAAAUGCAGAGUAACCUAGGCCACAUGAACCAGAACAUGCAAAACUUCGGGCAGUCGAUGUCACAAUGGGGACAAAACUUCGGCCAACAGCUAUCACAGUCUCUCUCACACAUGUUCGACGGAAGCUUCCUGGGCAGGAGACGGAGGGCAACACAAGAAUGUACCUUCCUGUUCGGGGACUUGCAUCAGAACUGUGCUAGUCUGACGUCACAAUGCUCCUCGUGUCCUAGCAACCGAGAUGAAACCAUGGAAGCAGUGUGUGGGAAGGAUCUUGUAGACAGGGUCAAGGCCGUGCAGAAAUCUAUGGAUGAAAUGAAUCAAAUUUACGAAGAGGUGAUCAACGCCCAAAACAUCAUCACCAAGGUCGAGUUCGAUGACGUCAUGAUUGAUCCAACGAUGGCGUCUUACGGCAACGUACACAUAAUGGCGAACAUCAGAGGAAUACCGACAAUGUUUACGAUGAACACCGUCCUUCAACUUCACGACAUCGCAGCUUCCGGUACACCUAUCGCGCAGCAAGUCUGGAAAGAAUGGGCUGUUCGAAUGACAACACCGUGAUGUCAUAACCGGAAAUGCAAAGAAGUUUUAUUGGAUGUGCAUCCUUGUUGAGUUUUUAGAUUUUAGUUUCUUUGACAAAUCCCUGUUAACGUUCUAAAUAUAUCGUAAUAAAGAAAAAUAGACUGUCUCUGUUACCAGGAAUAUUAAAGAUUUCAUUAAAAUA